AUGGCAGCAGUGGAGGUGAAGGGGAGCUGGCUGCAGCUGCCUGCUCCCCAGGAGAGCUGGAGCUUUGGAACUGCUCCCCCAAAUGCACAAGACUCAAUCCCACAAGCAGGCCUCCAUCUCCUUGCCAAUAAGCAGCUCAACCUCUCUCAAUCAAGUUUGAUGCUCUCCUCUCAAGGCUAG